AUGACGGAAGUAGAGCCAGUGUUGGACUUUGCCUCCUCGGGCCGCUCGGGGAGGAGAAAUGCCCUUCCUGACAUCCUUGGCUCACCGGCGGGCGUAAACCCCGCUGACCUGCCUCUUAAGCUGGCAGAAAUGUCCCUCACAGAUGGUCCGGGAGGGGCCCAGUCCCCUACGGCGGAGGGGCCUCCAGCGCCACCUGAGAGCUCAGAAGGGAAGGAGGGAUCGUAG